AUGGUGCCAGGAGCGGCGCCUCCGGAAAAGUCGACCGGCGGUGGCGAUUUCGCCGCUGCCGGCGACCCUUCCACCACCACCAUCUCCACGAUCGCCGUCCGAGCCGGGGUUAAUGCUUCCAUCGUCGUCGCUCUUCUCAAGGUUUAUUUCCUUGGUUUGAAAUGGGAAAUUAUUGAUCUUUAUCGAUUUUUUGCUUAUUCAAGACGGUUUUCUCAAAUUAGGCCAUUUUCUGAGACGCUGGAAAUUGAAAAAAUUAAUUGUUGGAAGUAAAUUUGUAUCUUUGAUUGUUCUAAUGGUAUUUUGCCUCAAAUUUGUCUAUUUUUUCGUACAAAGAACUCGUCAUUAACAAAUAUAUCGCCCAAAAACCACGAUCUGUGUAUGCACAUUUUAGACCAACAGUGUGCCAAACCGGACGGGGUUUUUCGAUUUUUUUUUCGACUUCAAGUCAUUUAAUUUUUUCUUUUCCUUCGUCUGCCUAUCAAAAUUCUUCUGAUACACCAAAAAUGCAAGAAAACAAAUACGGCUCUAAAAUAUUCCCAUGACUCACUCAAGAACGCAGAUUUGACCAUUUUCCCAUCCACAUUUUGUUUAUCCAAUUGCACAAAAUGCAAAACGAGGUGGAAAUCACACGCUACGCGUCAGACGAAGAUUCCCAGCUGGACGGACGUUGCGUAAUACGAUCCGACGCCCAGUUUUAUGGCCUCCGAAACAAACUCAAAAUUUUCGUCGUUGUAAAAUGUAUGGGGACGUCGCGUGGAUCCAGAAUCUAGUUCAAAAUGAAGCGAAUGAGAAAACAAGUUUUGAUUAAUAGUAUAAAAAUAAUAAGGACUUAGGAACGGUUAUUAAAGAAGCAUUUUGCAUGAAAACUCUUCUUCCCAUAAAAGUGCGAUACACUAAUAAUAAUAGUUCGCACAUGCACAAAGUGAAUAGAAUGUAUAAAUUUGAAAACCGGUUCAAGGUCGCCCCCAAAAGAGGUGCCACUCAAGGGAGUAAGAUGCUUCUAAUGUGGUCCCUAAAGGGGUACCUUCAUCAAAAAAAAACGAACAAGAUACGAUUUUCUAAAAGUGAAAGAAUGAAAGUGAGAGUUAAAAAAAUUAGAAAUUUCAAGUUUUGGGCUUAAAAACGACCUCAAAGUCGAUCAACAACCACAGGAAAAUUGAAAAGAGUCCUCAAAAUCCGAAUUUUCUGUAGUUCAGGAAUUCGACUUUUUAAAGGUGCAUAGUCUCAUUUAGAGAUUUAUCGACGCGAAGAAACAUUUUCAGCGCAUUUUAAAGUCGUUAUAGAUAUCUGCACCUUUAAAAUAUUUCGAGAUUUUCGAACAAAGGAACUCUGGAAAGUUGAUGAAUUAGUCGCUACUCGAAAAAAAAAAAAUUAAAGAGAAAAUUUGAAUUUUCAGGACUCUUAAAGGUACCCUAGAGUUUCUCAUAAACGUCCGGUUUUCUUUACCGACUCGGACUUAAUUUUUUUUCGAUUUCAAAAUGUUCCUCGAGGAAUUUCCCAUUUUGUUAGGAAAUUUGGAGUUGAACAAUUUAUGAUUUGAGUAGUCUAUUUGAACAGUUUUCCAAUCCUUGUGAAUGUCUGACCUUGUAGAAACCCAUAAAGUCGAUAUUUUUAGUCAGCCGGCUACAUCGAGCUGCGGGUCGAUGAAAUGCGUCCGAAAUUGCUGGCGAUUGGAAAUUCGGCCGAGGAAACCAGUGGAUUGCUUCAUAUUCAUGAAGACCUUUUGGCCAGGCUACGGGUCAAUAUUUCCAAAAAAAAAAGCUUAAAAUUGAGGAGUUUAGGAAAAAGACGACCAAGUGCAAGCUCUGCUCUCCCGGGCCGACAGUUUGAGUGGCGAGAAGAAAGAUCCGAAAGAAGCCGUUGUUUAUGAAGAAAUGGCCAAGAGCAUGCAUCAGGUCCGUUUUUAAUUUUCAAAAUAAAUAUUUAAGGGAUCAAAAAUUAGAAGUGACAAGUCUGAAAUUGAAUUGUUAAGACGGAAAUUAAGCUUGUUAUUUAUUUAUUUUUUUGGACGAUAACGAUAAAAAAAUUUUUUUAAUAGUAUUGGAACUGUUAUAAGAUUUUUGAUGCAAGCUUUCUUAUAGAUUUUUUUCCAUUCAUCAGAAUUUUUAAUAAUUAAAAAAAUGCUAGUGAUUUCCAAGGUGCUCCAGGAGAGUAUGGGUCCGUCUCAUUAUUUUAUAAAUUUUUUUCUAAACUUUCGAAAUUGCUUUCAAUUUUCUAAGAUCUUUAGGAAGUCCGUAUUUUUCUUGAAAUUCAUAAAAUUAUAAUUUUUUUCUAUAGACUUUUCCUAAAGUUUUUGAAAAAUUUCUUUCAUUUCUCAAUUACAUUUAGCCAACUUUGGUCCCCAUUUUUCCAAAGUUUAUAAAAAUUGUCACGUCACCUGAAGCUUUGAACCCCCGGCUUUUGAAAAUCUGCCGAAAAUCACAAAAACAACAUCUUAAUUUUUUAGUACAAUUUUCACAAGCCGCAAAGAAAUCCCAAUGAAAUGCGGUCCACAUGUUUCCGUCGCACUCAAUUUUUACGUUUUUCCUGCACCUGGACUCUGGAAAAUUCAUACGAAUCCGAUGCGAACGAUCGAAGUAACCGUAUCUUGUCAGGCUUGGCGAUCUUUGAACCGACAGUUGAUUCUGAGAAGCUAUCUGCUCCGGGAAACGCUUCACUUCCAUCAGAUGGCCGAGAGUCAUGAACUGGUUCGUUUUUCGGGUUUUCUCUCAUCUUUGAAGAAAUCGUUUAACUUUUUUUUUCAGUUUAUAGUGGUCCCUGUAGGGAUUAGAGAAAAUCGCCAUAGUGGUCCCUAUAGGGAUUAGAGUAUAUCACCAUAGUGGUCCCUAUAGGGGUUAGAGAAAAUGUCCAUAGUGGCCCCUAGAGGGGGACUAGAGAAAAAGGCCAUAGAGGUCACUAUAGGGAUUAGAGAAAAUUGUCAUAGUGGUCCCUAUAGGGAUUUGAGAAAGUCGCCAUAGUGGUCCCUAUAGGGAUUAGAGUAAAUCACCAUAGUGGUCCCUAUAGGGGUUAGAGAAAAUGUCCAUAGUGGCCCCUAGAGGGGGACUAGAGAAAAAGGCCAUAGAGGUCACUAUAGGGAUUAGAGAAAAUUGUCAUAGUGGUCCCUAUAGGGAUUUGAGAAAGUCGCCAUAGUGGUCCCUAUAGGGAUUAGAGAAAAUGGCCAUAGUGGUCCCUAUAGGGAUUAGAGGGGAUAACAGCGCUUAUAUGGGGAAAAAAUGACUUGGGUGAAAUUUAAAGUGGUCCCUAUAGAGUUUAGGCUCGGACCCCUAAGCUUCUUAAGCUCAAGUGAUCCCUGCAGGGGCAGUUAAAGGGGGAAUUUUAAGGAUUCCUGAGGUCGUCCCUAUAGGGACCACUCUGACAGUUUGGUUCCAGUGACCCCUCUAGGGAUUCGGUUCCAGGGACCUCUUUACAAAUUUGGUUCCAGAGACGUCUCUGAGAAUUUGGUUCCAGGGACCCCUCUGAGAUUGGUUCUCUCUAUCUCUCUCUCUCUUUCUCUCUCAUUUUUAAUUCUAACAAGUGAGAAUGAAUAUAAUUCCAGCUCACUUCGAAAACAGCUCAAAUCCUGGGCCAACUCAACGCGUUGAACGGCGAGAAGCUCGUUCCCGCCAUCGAUCAGCUUAUCAAUGGUUCAUCAUUUCCCUAAAUCCUGAUUAUUCUGAUUAAUUCUUAAGAUAUCAUCGACACGACCGCGGCUGCAGUGGAGUUGGGAACCUCGGUCAUCUCUCAAAUCAGAACCUUGGGCCAAAUCGACGACAACCCCGAAAGACCCAAGGAAAUCCUGGAAGCCUGUGUUCUCGUCGAGACCAUCAUGCUUAGGUAACAAAAAAAAAUGGAUGAAAUAUAAAUGUUUUUAUAAUUGCACAUAGUCUGUUUACGUUUUGAUUGUUAAGUCGUCCUUCAAGCUCCGCCCCCUAAUGGCGCGAUAAACCAAUCAGGGAGCGAGAAAAAAACAGAGCGUUCUUGAGUGACGUCAUUGGGCUUGAAAUUCGAAAUCUGAACAGACAAAAUUUUGAAAAAUGAGUGAGAAUGUUUCAAUAAUUGACGCGAAAAUGGCAAAAAUUUGAUCGGAAUAGAAAAAAAAACGGUUUUCAGAAAAAAUAAAUUUUUCGUUUUUCCUCAUCUUUGAUUGUCUUAGAUAUACAUAUCAACUUCUUAAGAGUUAAAAAAAUAUUAUUCGAAGCUUUUUGAGUGAAAAAAAUUCAAAAAUUGAAUAGGAUAUUGAUUUUGCAGUUUUUUUUGUCAGAUAAGAUUUUUUUAAAAGUAAAUUAAUAUUUAUUUUUUUGAAAAAAACCUAUUUUUCGUGUAAACGCGAAAUUCGUGAAUUUCAUGUCUCCCUGUAGAGAAUUUCGCACAGAACCUGCAAAAAGAGUAAAACUAUGGAAAGUCCAUUUUCAUCAUUCAUAACCGGAAAAAAGAGAAAUAUUCAUAAUUGUCCAGAAUCGCUACGGAAUGGGAAAAAGCGGAAAGUUCUUGGCAAAAAGCCAGGCAACAGCCCCUCCACGCCACCACCACCGAAAUCGAUGAGCUCACGGUUUUCAAUCGAUUUUUUUCAAUCGAUAAAUCGAUAAUUCAGAUCAUCGAACAAUGGCUGACCUACUCGGAGAAGAGGUUGAAGGCCCUGAACGACAGCGGCCAGAAACAGAUUUUGAACGAGGGAAAUGUGAGAUUUGAAGUUUCAGAUCUAAGAAUGAAAAGUUUUUAUUCUUUAUUAUUAAUUUUUUCAUACACGACUUCAGCAGACUAAUUUAACAAAAUGAUGAAAUUCGCAUUUCUAAGGAUAUUUAGAAACACGUGGCUCGACUCCGCGACCUCUCAACGUCUCAAUCCGAAGCCGAUACUGGUAGAAUCUCGCACCUUUCUGGAAGGAUCGAGGAGUUCCUUCACUACUUGAAGACCCGGAUGAAUAGAUCGCAGCGGAUUCAGGCCUUCAUCCAGGCGGCCAAAUCGGUAGGAUCGGAAAAUGCUCACUCUCAUGAAGGCCAGUAGCACCCGCGGAUGAUCACCCGAAAUGCAAUUUUUAGUCCCGCAUAGAACCCGUUUGAGUCCAGGGGAUCACCCGGAACUUAAAAAAAAAACACCAGGUUUUGCAAAUUUAUGCCUUAGUCCAACAAGUGCUACUGGCCAGCAUUAGAGUACUUGGCAAGUCUGACCUGUCUGCUCUCUCUUUUCUCUCACCAACGAGGUCAGGCUUAAGACGAAAAAACCCUAGAAAAAACAAAGCCGGACUGCUUCAAAUCGUAGCGAAUGAGGGGUCCGCAUAAUUUCGAUGAAACUUCAGAUGCUCUCCCAACUGAGUAUGAUGGCUGCGGACAUGAAAAACGCCAGCGCGGCGAUCUCCGGCGAAUUGGCGCCGCUGGCCAAACAAAAAGCCUUGCCACUGAUUUCCGAAGGAAAGGAUAUUGCUGGUUAGUUUCUUUUUUCACUCUGUGAGGGCUUUUUUGGAUUUUGCGCUUUGAACACGCCGUUAAAUAUGAGAAAAGUCGAAAAUUUUAAACAUCUGAGAACUAAAGUUGAUUUAUUGGAAAAUGAUGCCUUAAAGCAAAAACUGGAAGCUUUUUGGCGCGCAACGGCUGCGGAGUGGAUUUCAAAUUGUACCCGACCAAAAAUGAUUUUCGCGCUGAGGCAUCCUAAAGCAUAGAGCAAUAUAUCCAAGAAUUCAGCCAGAAUUGGAAGAAAAAAAAAUCGACCGCGACGCUUCAAGCCAUUCCCAGUGCGGACCCGAGCUUUUUUUUGAAACAAGGAAGACUUUACUCAAAAGUACGAUUUCAGAAAGUCGUUUCAAGCUUUUCGCUUUCACAAGAAAUAUAAUUAUUUUAAAAUCAGACUAUGAAUUUUGACAAGUUCUGAUGAUACAGUCCAAAAAUAUUUCUCCUACUUUUUUUGCAAGCAAUUUUUUUCAGUCAAGGAAGCCCUCAGCUAGAUUUUUUUCUGAAAGUCGAGACGAAAAAAAGUUGGCUUUUUUUCAGAGAUAGGGGGGUGGUUGAUUUUUAUUAUCUUUAAUAAUUUAAGUCAUUUAAUGUUUCUAAAAAAACACUUUUUUUCGAUCACUCUCUCCAUGAUUUACACAAUCUGUGAAAGUUUCGAGACGGAGAGGUUCGAAAAAUGGCAAAUUUUCGAUCGCUUCGACCGCGUUGCAACGAUACGGCCGGUACAGCGCACAGCUCCGCCUUUUUUUCCACUCAUGCUUCAAAGAGAAUACUUUUUUCCAGCCAAGGAAGUGCUCAACUACGAAGAGCAGCGACUCGUCAGACAACUUUGCGAAGAUUUGGAACGGGGUCUCGAAGAAAUUGAACAGCUAUCCAAGCAAAGACACGCCAGUCAGCAAGUCAAUCAGGAGGUUUGUGAACUCAGAAAAGUUCCUUUUGUACUACUGCAUCUCUAAAAAAAAAUCUUGACACUCCAGGAAAAAAAAAACAAAGAAACCCUCAAAGUUUUACCUUUAUUAGAUCCAAGACAUCCGAUCUUGGCUCGACGGUCAGGCGACGGCUUUCUUGGCUCAACGAGGCGACAUGGGCGGAAAUUUGACCGACGCCAGGGAAUUCGUGGCUGUCCACAAGAAUUUUGCCACCGAUGUCAUCGUGAGUGGCUUUCGGGAUUAUUGAGAAAGUUCUCUUUUUUCUCUUUUUAUUCCGUUUGAUUGUUGAUAUUGCCAUUAGAGUUCUCAAAAUGACCAAUUGAAAAAAAUGACAUUUCUCAAAAACGAAAAAUUUUCUUUUUGACAUUUCAAACGAAUGUCGUUUUUGAAAGAUCAACCAAAAUUGAUCACUUUCAUUCUUUUCAUUUUGUGACUUUUCAAAUAAUGACUGAAAAAUGAAUGGUCAUUUUCUAAACAAUCAUAUUCUGACUAGUAAAUAAAUGUUCGUCCUAAUGACCAAAUUUUUGAAAGUGAAAAGUAAAUGGUCACUUUUUUGACCAAAAACUUUCGAAACGAAUUUUAAAUGUUUACUUUUUUGACCAAAAUUUCCGAAGUGAACUUUAAAUGUUCAUUUUUUGACCAAAAUUUUCAAAACGAAUUUUAAAUGUUUACUUUUUCGUAGAAAAAAUUUUUUUCAACUUUGAAAAUUAAAUGUUCAUUUUUUGGCCGAUAAUUUUCCGAACCUGGAUUUUCCGAACCAAAAUCCAAAUCUAUACUUUUCCUUUUCCUCAUUCAAUUAAUUCUCCAGAUAGAACCUUUCUUCCGGUCUGCUCAUUUUUAACCGGUUUCAUAUAAUUUUUCUCGUCCUUAACCAACUUUUAGCUUUGCCCUUGACCAUCCAGAUCACUGUUUUCCAACAGAUUUUUAAUUUUAACCAGAAAUUAGUUUGAAUUUCGAAGUAAUCGAUUCAUGAUUUCAUUUAGAGAAGACUGAGAUAGAAUUGACUCUGGCACAGAUACUGCCAAGUGCCGUAAUAGUAAUGAAUUAAUUAAUGAAUAAAUGUUUACCUUUUUGAAAGAAAUUUUCAAAGUGAAAUUUGAAUGUUCAUUUUUUUGACCAAAAAUUUUCAAAAAGUGAAAUUUGAAUGGUCACUAUUUUGACCAAAAAUUUCUAAAAAUGAACUUUAAAUGUUCACUUUUUUUCGACCAAAAAUUUCCGAAAUGAAUUUUUAAAUGUUUACUUUUUUUGACCAAAAAAAUUUCAAAAUGAAAUUUAAAUGUUCAUUUUUUUUAACCAAAAAUUUUUUUUCGAAAAAAAUAAGUAAUUGUUCAUUUUUUUAAAUGCUCAGUUAUGAAAUUUAACCAAAAUGAAGUUUUUUUAACAAACGGUUCAUGUGAAAUUUAACUAAUUGGUCGAAUUCAUCAAACGUUCGGAAAAUGUUUGGUUGAACGUUCGUUCAAACAUUUACUUUUGAGAACUCUAAUUGCCAUGUACCCGCUUUUCAGAGGUUAAGAGUGGUCACUAGAGGGUUUAGAGAAGGGAAAUCCCCUACAGUGGGCAGAAUAGUGCUCCCUAGAGGGUUAAAAUUUAGGUGGUCCCAGUAGGAGUUUGGAGUCUGAUCCCUAAGCCCCUAAAGCUUGAAUAGGCCCUAUAGCGGUCCCUAAAAUUUUUUUUUGAUUUGAAAACGGAAAAGGCGCAAUUUUUAAGACUUGAUUAGAGUUCAUAAUUCGAAAAAACUCUAGUGACCACUCAAGAGGUUCAUCAGUACUGAGGAAAUGGCACUAAAGUGGCCACUGUAGUAGUUUUUAGUGGUCUAGUAGUACUACAAGCUUCUGUAGAUGCCUAUAAGUAUUAGCUACUCAAGUGGCGACUAAUCCGACUACCAGAGUGGCCACUAAAAUGUCAAAACCCUAUAGGGGACACUAAACAAUGAGCAAAGAAGGUUACCCUAGAAUGGCCACUUUUUCAAACUUUAGUGCCUCCUAUGGUAGGAAGUAGGGCGACCCCUUGAGGGAGCCUACUAGACCCCUCAAGAUUGCCACUCAAGGGACCGCUCAGGCGUUCUUAAGUGUAGGCCUACGAACUGCUACUCAACUAGUUACUAAAGAGGCAACCAAGAGGUCAAAACCCUAAAGGGGCCACUGAGAACCUUCCCAGAACAAUAAACAAAAUGUCUCCCAGAAUAGCCACUUUUUUUAAGUCUUGGUCCCCCCCUAAGGUAAUAAGUAAAGGGGUCCCUUAAGUGGAACCUACUAGACCACUCAAGGUAACCACUCUAGGGACCACUCUGUCGUUCCUAAGUGUAACUCAUGAAAAACAUGAUUCAAUCCCGAAUUCCCCGUAGAACCGCGACGCGAGUGUCAUGACGAUCCACGCGAAGCGGUCGCAAAUGACGUCAGACGAUGAGAAAUUCCUGGAAGUCUUUAUCAAAGACUACGAAAAAAUGAAGGACGUUUUGGAGAACCGCAUCCAGUUGGGUACCACCUAUGAGCAAGUAACCCGGUGAAUAAUCACCUGUUUCCACCAGGAAUUUUCCCAGGUUCACAAAUUCGCCAAAGAACUCGAAGGAUCUUUUGAUGCCCUUCAAACUUUGCUCGAGAAUAAUCAGGAGUUUACCAAUGAAAAGGUACUUUCGAUAAGUCAAAAGGAAAAUUCGCGAAAAAUUCAGAUCGCUGCUCAAAUCGCCAACGUUUUCCAAAUGAUCCAGGAAACGCUGAGUCAGGAGAAACAUCAAGGUAAGUGUGAGCUAAUAUGAGCAAUACGUGAACUUUUCGUGAAUUAGAUACUUUUUUCUUGAAAGUGUCAUAGAUUUUGAGAGGAAAUCGCGAAAGAGCUAUUGCUCAUGUUAGCCAGGUGAUUUUUUGAGAGAAGGUAUUGAAUAGAUUCUCAUUUAUUGCUCAUGUUAGCCAAGUGAAGUUUUUGAGAGAAGUUAUUGAAGAGAUUUUAAAAUAUUGCUCAUGUUAGCCAGGUGAAGUUAUUGAGUCGAAAAGAUUAUGUUGUAAAUUUUUACAAGCGCACCAAUUUUUUCGACAUGGUUUGCUCAAAAAUCAAUACAGUUUCAAAAUAUCUUCAUUUUGGAUUUAAGUUUUAGAUAAAAGUUUGAAAACUCCAGUUUUCAAUUUUACAUUUUCAGGAGAGAAAUUCAUUUCGAACGCGACCCAGAUCGGCAAAGGAGACGAAUGGCUCAACGUCGAGAGGGCCCAGGAAGCUAUUCGGAAUCUGAUAACUGACCAUGAAAAUCGAUUCAAAUACGUCAGCCACAAGUGGAACGAAUGGCAGAGGAACAAGGUUUCGAGUUUUUUUCAGUCUUUUAAAGAAGCAAAAAAAGAAGUUUUUUCAAUGCUCCGCUUUCUAAAAAAAUAGCUUUAGAAACUUGUAAAAAGAAAAAAAUGAAAAAAAUUGUUUUUCUUUGGGCAUUUGCGCUCCAAUGCGAAAUGUUAUACAAUGUUUCCACUAUUCAAACUCGAAAGUAAUUAGUUAUUUUUCAAAUGGAAAAUAUUCGUAAAUAUCUCUAAACCCUCUUGUUUUCCAAAUCUUUCUAGAAGCUGCUUUUUCAAUACCACUAUUUCUUAAUAAUUCAGUGUGGUUAAUCAAUAUGAAGGGUGAGAAAGUAAAUAUGAAGAGGACAUUACUAUGAAAAGGUUUUCAGGAUUUCUGGAAUUUCUUAGAGGAGAAAGGGUUUAAAGAUGAGAAUAUUUUAUAUCGCGCAGCCGUUUCGGGUCCCAAAAAUGGACGGCUUAGAGGGUGGCCCGUUGUCAGCAUUUUACCCUCUUGCUUUAAAUCAAAAAAGUGUAAAAAGUUUUCACACCUAGGCGCAAUUUCAAGUUAAUAAAGUUUGGAAAAAUUAAUAAGGAAAAAGGGAAAAAACUGAGAAAUGCAGGGGGAAGAAAAAAAGGAAAAGAGAAAAAAGGGGGGUGGGAAUGUAGUCAUCCAUAUCCGAUGAUCACUUUUUUUUGAUUAUUUGAAAUUGUCAACAAUUAUUCAAGAUUUUCAUAAAAAAACAAAAAAAUUUUCAGCUGAAAAAUCAUUUCUUCCAUUUAUUUGCCAAAUUUUUAUUUCUGCUCAAUUUUUUUCCGCUACUGCUCGUUCAUUAGUGGUGUUCUAAAAUUUGACCGUUCGACCAACUUGACCGUUCAGUUUUUCGAACGAUUACAACAUGUCAUUUUUCUGACCGUUCGUUUGACCGACCAGUUUCUGAAAUUUACGAAACCGACCGACCAUUUUAAGAGUGACAUUUCGAACGACCAUUUUUUAUGACAUGUCGAAAAAAUAUUGGUCGAACGGUCAAUUUUCGAAACUAUAUUCACUACCACUUAAAACUUAUUAAAACAUUCUUUUUUUUGAUAAGAUAUCUGACGAAAUAUCAAGUUUAGAACUCGGAAACGACCGUUGAAAGGACGAUCGAGGAGAUUCAAAUGUGGCAGGAAGACGUUUUGGAAUACGUCGCUAAGAUUGACAGGAGCAGCUUUACUACCAAACAGGCGGGUUUUGGAAGAACAGUGAUAACUUAAAAACGCCUAAGUGAUCCCUACAGGGGCUUUAAGAUUCCUCUUCAGAGACCACCUCAUUUCGUGAGAAAAACUCAAGAAGUUAGCAUUUUUAAAGCAGAAAUAAGGAUAAAAUGAUUUUUUGACGUUCAUAAAAAAUUUGAAGGUUCCUAUAGGGACCUCUUAAGGUUCAGGGUCCUAAUAAUCAAACGCUAAACCCCUUUAGGGACCACUUAGAUUUUUUUUCUUUUCUAGAAGACUUUUUUGGUUCACAUUGUUCUUGUUUUGAAAAGACAAUUGAUAACUUAGAAACGCCCAAAUGAUCCCUAUAGGGGCAAUCUUAAGGGUGAAGGCUGAAGAUUGUUUUUUGGGACCACCUUAUCUACGUGCGAAAAACUAGAAAUUUUUGAAGGUCCCUGUAGGGAACACUUGAACUUCAGGAUCCUAUUAGUCACUCAACCCCUUUAGGGACCACCUAAGUUUUACUUCUAUAGAGGGUAUUUUUUGGUUUCCUAAAAGGCUGUUUUUUCUUUACCCCUAUAGUGGCCACUCUGGGAUUCCUAGGUAAAAGAAAGAAUUUUAGAACUUUUAUAUGAUCCUAUGGUGAUAAUAAGCCGUAAAACUGCCCCAUCCUUGAAAAUCUCUCAUCUCUCUUCUUUUCACGUACUAUUUUCAUGUCCUCACCGGUGAGAGAUAACAGGGCGCAGACAUGUCAGACAGUUCCAAGACGUGGCAAAUUGAAUUUGCUAAUUCUGAAUAGGGUAAUUGACGAGAAGGUUCUCAUAAUAUUCAGAAAAUGAGCAAACAUGAGCAACAGUCAGAAGUUUGAGAAUUUUCAAAGGAGCAUUGCUCAGUGUUGUUCAUGUCUACCAGAAAAAAUUCAUUUGAAAACCCUGGAAAUCAAAAAAAUCUUCAGAACAAGCCGUGCAAGUUUAGGCGAAACUGCAAAGACGUCUGAACCUCCUCUUUUCACUUGCUAUUUCGCUAAUCGUGUUAAAUCCCUAAAUAAGUAUGUCUUACCGGGGAAUAGUCUCCGGUCGCAGUGGGACCUAUCAAUGAGACCAAGUUUCCUAAAUGUAGUUUUUUACGCUGAUUCAAAAUCUUCUCUCAAAAACUGCCGAGGAAGCCUGUGAAAAAAGUUAGGGACUCUCAAAAGACGGAAAUUUCAGUGUUUCCGAUUGAGCUCAUUUUUAAAGGGUAUAUAGGUUAGGACUGCAUGGAAUGUGUUCCAGAAAAAUGGAAAAAUUAUUUUUUCGAAAGCUAGAACAACUCCACUUUAUCACAAAAAGUUUGAAAGCUACCCUUUUCAAUAUUACCUGAAACGUAUCAAAUCCAACUUACGAGGAAAAAGAUCUUGAUUAAUUCAUUUAAGUUUAUUGUUGAUAACUCUCUGAAAGUUGGCAAUAUCUCAAAGUACUAGUGAUCGGAAUAAAAACUAAUGAAAACUUUGAGAAUUCCAAAAAAACGCUAAGAAAACCGACUUCUCCAGCAUACCCUUCAGUACCAGAUGUUUCAGGAAUCUGAACAAGCCCAUCAGAAACUUCAAGCUUUCCGAGAAGCCGCCGCUGAGCACAGCAAACGCUUGGAUACCCUCAAAACGGAGACUAACAGUUCGUUUUAUGAACAAUCUACAUUUUCUUGAAUUUGUGAAUUUUCAGACGAUGAACAGCUCAGCCGAAUCUCGGUGACGGUCGACAAGCAGGACUAUAUCAAAAAUCGUAUAGAGGAGGUUCUAAAUAAGGUAAUUUUCUCAUUUUUUCGAAAAUUCUCCAAAGAGCGCAAAAAAAAAUUUUUAGCGGCUAUUUUUUCCUAAGUUUAUUGAAGCUCACAAAAUUCAUUUUAUCCUUUUUUCUUGCUUAUUUUCUAAUAUAACUACAUCAUAUUGAAAAAUUUACCCGUGAAAUUUCAUUUCUUUGCGGCAAUUAUUUUUGGGUUAUUGAUUUUGUAAUCAUCGCAAGAGUUUCAAAUUUGAAAAAAAUUUUUUUCGAAGCUUUUCAUGUUUCCUGUUUCUGCCAGUUUUUUUCUCAUUGUAAAGGCUGCUCACUCGCUAAUUCUGCUCCUUUGCCGUGAAAUAAAAAUGGCGUGCUGAAAAAAAGUCGGUCGUUUCCUUAUGAUGUCUAUUUUUUUUAAGUUUUUUUAACUUUCAAAAAGUUACUUUGGCCUUUAUUAAGAUUUUAACGGUUUCAAAGUACGUAUUUCUCCAUAGUUUGACCAGUUUCGAAGUCAGUUUCCAAAAAAUCUCGUUAUUAAGUUUACAAAAAGUCGACUUUUUCUGAAUUUUCGUCAAAACUGCUCUCAAAUCUUAAUGAAAACUAUUUUGCAAUUAACAUAUUUUGAUUUUAGAUCACGUUAAAAUGGUUGAAAUGAAAUUUAUUGAAAAAAAAGCACAAAAUUCCUAUUUUGGACCCCCCCCCCCCAAUAUUUGGUAUUUCGAAACCUAAAACCUAACCAAAAUUGAGAAUUCUACACAUUUUGAACACUCAAAGAGUUUAGAACUGAAAAGGACUUUGAAAAAAUCAAAAAAUGGCCACCACUAUGACUAAAAAUUUACUGUUUCAAGUUGGAACUGAGGACGCUUCUCCGGGUGAUCGAAGACGUCCAAAUUUGGCAAGAAGAAGCCAUCGAAAUCAUCAGAUCGGUGGACCACGUCGUCUCCACCACUAACACUACUGAUCAGGUUUCUCUUCCAAUGAGUCAAUGAAAAAAAAAAACUUUUUUCAUCUUUUUUGGCGCUUUUCCAAUUCAUUUUCACAGCAAAUCCACGAAUUGCGUCGCCGCGUCGAAGAACUCAACGAUGAGACGAUCAAAAAAUCGCAGUUUUUGGAGGAAUCCAAGUCCUUGUCACAGAGUUUAUCACUUAGUUAAUCACUUUCCAAGUGAUUAUCAAUUUUAGACGAGAUUUUCCAACGAGAACUCCAAGAAACCAUCACCCGUCAGGAACAAAUCAAGCAGACCAUUGAACAGCUGGACAGCAAGGUGGGAGGCUAUUUAUUGGAGGGAAAUUCGCUCUGUUGA